GAAAAAGAAACAACAACAAACUAAAUGAAUGUGGAGGUCGUAGUUGUCGCCAGUCGCUAGGCUAGUUGCGCUACUGAAUCUUCACUGUCCAGUUGCUGAGUGAUUAACACAACAGCGAAAUCAUCAAGGGUUGAUCGGUCUGGAUCUAGAUCUAAUCUAAAUUAAUUGUGGAACAUGUCUCGCACAACCAACCUGAGUUUCGAAAGUGUUGAGCAGGAUGAGGGUGUUGGGGCGAGAGUGCGUCGGAGUAUCGGACGUCCUGAGCUGCGUAACUUUGACCCAUUUCUCAUGCUGGACGAAUUUCGCGUCUCACCCCCAGCAGGGUUCCCAGAUCAUCCACACAGAGGUUUUGAGACUGUGACCUACAUGAUGAAGGGUGAGGGGAUUCACCAAGACUUUCUGGGUCACAAAGGCAAGAUAAAGGCAGGAGAUCUACAGUGGAUGACCGCAGGUCGUGGUAUCGUCCAUUGUGAAAUGCCCGGCGGCGACACGGAGUCACAUGGUCUGCAGCUGUGGGUGAACCUGAAGAAAGCUGAGAAGAUGGUGGAACCAGCGUACCAGGAGCUGUCCGACAAAGACAUUCCCAGGGGAGACAAAGGUGGGGUCAAAGUCAAGGUCAUUGCCGGAGAGGCUUUCGGCGUCAAGUCCCCGGUGUACACCCGCACGCCUACCUCCUACCUGGACUUUGUAAUGUCCCCUGGGUCUCAGCUGGACCAGCCCAUUCCCAGAGACUGGAACGCCUUUGUCUACAUCCUCUCUGGGGAGGCUUCUUUUGGGCCGUCUGAGAAGGAAGUGGUAUGUAAGGCCCAUCACACAACAACACUGAAUGAUGAUGGUGACUUCAUUCACGUUCACAACAAGGGCUCGGAGGCUUGUCAUUUUGUGCUUAUAUCAGGACAACCCAUCAAAGAGCCAGUUGUGCAGCAUGGUCCGUUUGUCAUGACAACCGAGCAGGAGAUAAAGGAAGCAAUUUCCGACUACCGGAACGGGGAAAAUGGCUUUGAGAAAGCCAUGACCUGGAAUUCAGAUUACGCGUGAUGAAUGCAAAGAUGAGAGAACACCAGAAAUCUUUUAUUGCAUGCAUUUACCAGAAGCCUAAUAUAGACAAUAAAACUUGCUGUAAUUUCAGGGUGAUGGGGCACAUAUGUUUUUUCCCAAAAUCUGACUGUGUUGUCUAAAUACCUCUGUCAGAUGUGGUAGGAGAGACUUGGAGAUAUCUGAAAUAUUGAAAACAGAAAAAUAGCAUAUUUUAAUGGAAGAUAUUGAAGUUCAAACAUUUUUGCUCAAACCGCUAUCAAUUUAUUUUGUUUUUAUUUAUCCUCAUAAGUGAUAUUUUACACUGAAUUUCUUUACAAAAUAUGUCUACUGUUUCAAAAAUUAUGCAAUGUAUGUGAGAAAAGUUUGGAGACAAAACCCCCUCAACAUCAAAACAUUUGAAGGAUUAAAUCUUCCCAAGACUUGUGAAAAGGGCUUGCUGAUCUCAAUGUAUAUAGCAUGAUGAAAUUUGAGUUUGGAAUAUCCACUGGGGAAGGUGUUGGGAAGGGGGGGGGGGAGAAUACUGUUUGCAGAGAUCUCAUAAAUUUCUUUUUAUUUUUAUUCAUGUGAACUGAUCUUGACUGAUGUGGAAAACUGAAGGAAUCCGAUCAAAUCAAAACGUGAAUAGGCCCACAGCUGGUUUUUCCAGUACUCGUGGCUGAUGUGAGUUUUUUUUAAAAGAUAAUUAUUUUACGGCCCCAUCGACACAGUUUUCACAAAGCUAAGGGGCGAGCUGCUUUAACUCCUUAUCUCCGGCAAGCUGCUCCCAACGAUUCCUGGUUGAAACUACUGUGCCGGUGAACCGCUGGCAGCGGCUCUGAUACAUUCCUUUACUGCAGCUUCGGCGUCGAAUUACUUUUUGUCAAUUGCUGAAAAGAGGUCUAUUUUAGUGGGAGUUCAUUCAUUAGAGGAAGAGCUAUCAAAUUCAAAACAGGUUCACUUGAUCAAUUUAGUGACACAUAAAUGUCACUUUUAGAUUUUGUACCAAAAGAAAACCCUGGCAUAGUGGGUUUUCCCACCUUGGAGAUAAAGAGUUAACUUGGUGUCAUUGCCAACUCUGGCUAGAUGAGAUAUGUGAGGCAGCAUGGUGGAAUCAGGCUCUAGUCAAAAUAAUCAAAGUGAAGAAAGUUGCAUUUUUCCGCAGGUUUGUGAAUUUUUAUCAAAA